ACUUGGUUGGAUUCUUUUAUCAUUUUUCCAAGUGUUGGAGUAUGGAUUCCCCAAGUGGGAAGUGGGCCAAUAUGGGGCUUUGUCUGGUGGGUUUGGGGGCACUUCACGCCCUUUCAUGCCCCAUCGCAUGCUCUUUACUAGACCAAGUAUAAGCCAGGACCACACUCCUCAACCCUCUAUAUAAAGCCUUCCCAACUCUCAGACCCAAACUCACCAAGUUAUUUGCAAGCUCAGUACUCACAUCUUCACAUUCAUAAACAACAUUACCGGUACCAACCCUACUAUUCUUUCAAAGAGAAGAUAUAUAUAAAACCACCACAAGUUAUAUAUAUCAUAAUGAAGAUGACCAGUUCAGCCACCAUGGGAGGAUCCAAGAGAAGGUUAUCAAGCAGAGGUCUUGGAGGAGCCCUUAGGGAGCAAAGAGCAAGGCUUUACAUCAUUAGGAGGUGUGUUGUCAUGCUCCUUUGCUGGCAUGAUUGAAGCAAAGUCCUUCUUAGUCUGAAAAAAAAAUCUCAGGCAAAAAGCCAGGAGGAUUCUGGGUUUUCUUUCUUUUUUUCGUUUUUUUUUCCUUCUCUUCUUCCUUUUUUUUGGGGGGGUAAAGUGUAAAUAGAGAUGGCAAAUACUAUGGGAUGGGAGAGAAGUAAACGAAAUUUUUGUAUGGGAUCAACAACUAGAUGUACAUCGAAUAGCAUGGAUUAAUUAAAAUCUCCAUAUUUAUAAUA